CGUCAUCACGUCACGUCAGCUGUUUUGUGUUUACAUCAGUUCGUUUUUUUUCUCUGCUAGAGUCAAGUUCAGCGCUGUAGUUUUACUGUAGUUAGUUAAACAUUUCCCAACGCAAUGUGGAAACGCAGUGUUUAUGCGAUCGAUGGGCAAAACCUUGAGUAAAACGGUUGUCGAUUCCGCUCUCGCACGACUGUGCUAGGCCUCUGUCCACUCUGACCUCAGAUACACAGUCUGAUCUUCACUAUGGGUGGUGCUGUGAGUGCUGGAGAGGACAAUGAUGAAUUGAUUGACAACCUGAAGGAGGCACACUAUAUUCGUUCAGAUUUGGUGGAGAGAGCUUUCCGGGCCAUUGACCGUGCAGAUUACUAUUUGGAGGAGUACAGGGACAGUGCCUACAAAGACCUGGCCUGGAGGCAUGGCAACCUCCACCUGUCUGCUCCCUGCAUCUAUUCAGAAGUGAUGGAGGCACUGGAGCUGCAUCGUGGCCUUUCUUUCCUCAACUUAGGCAGUGGAACAGGCUACCUCAGCAGCAUGGUGGGCCUCAUUCUGGGUCCAUUCGGUGUGAAUCACGGUGUUGAACUGCAUGCAGAUGUAGUGGAGUAUGCCUACCAGAAACUCGAAUACUUUAUCAAAACCAGUGACAGCUUUGACAGGUUUGAAUUCUGUGAGCCAUCGUUCGUGGUGGGGAACUGUCUGGAAAUUCCUCCUGAGAGCCGUCAGUAUGACAGAGUGUAUUGUGGGGCUGGAGUGCAGAAAGAAUACGAGAACUACAUGAAGAACCUACUGAAGGUUGGAGGGAUUUUAGUGCUGCCACUGGAGGAGAAGUUGACCAAGAUUACACGGAUGGGUCAGAACUCCUGGGAGACAAAGAAAAUCAUAGCUGUCACUUUUGCCCCUCUGGUGCAGCCCAAACAAAGCAUUAAUGGGAGAUGCAAGACUGUGCCACUGCCAAUCUUUGAGGUGCGAACACUGCAGGAUUUGGCACGUAUCUCCAUCCGCCAUACCCUUCGCCAGCCUAUGGACCUGACAGAGAGCCGUUCCAAAAGGCGAGUAUCAUUUCCUGGCGCCCGAGCCAUUCACCGCUACGGGCCUCGUUUUGAACGCCGCCGUUUCUGUCGCCGCUUCUACCGCCAAUGCAUCAGCUCCACCAUCCUGCACGAGUCUAUGAUGCCGAUGGCCACAGAUGAUUGCAGCUACCCGGGAGGAGUGGAAGAAGAGGAAGAGGAGGAAGCUGAGGAGGAAAGGAACUGCAACCAAACAGGGGAAGACCUGCAGGAAGAGGAUGAGGAGGAGGAGAGUGUGGCUGGUGAAGAAGAGGAGAAGGUCAAGCGAGCUGAGGCACCGGUCAAUGUUCUAAGACAGAGGAUCCUGGGACUGCCCUUGCCUGAACCACUCAAGAUGUAUCUCUUAUAUUAUCGUGAGAAAUGAGUUAAAGAAUGUUAGUGGCAAUGGGCUAAAGCAAAUUUUAAAGGACCAACUAAAAGAGGCCACCUAUAAUUAAAUCAUUACCUGUUUCCCAGUGAGAUGCUAAAUAGCUGCAUUUUGGAUGCAUUAAGAACUCGUAUGGGGUUUCUGCAGUUCCUUCUAACCAUACUUGUUUGAGCAAUUUUUUGCAUCUCAUCUGUGAUUUCCGUCUGAUUUUAGAAACCCCAGCCCCAUCCUGCAGUGAACAAACACCUGUACAUCAUCUUCAAAAUGCUGGUGGACUACUUCAGCAAAAUUAAUGUGCUGCCAUGACAUGACUGGCAGUAGCAGCAUUUUUGGAUGUUUGCUGAGAUUGGUGUGUUGGAUUAAAAUCAUUGUACUUUUUUCUCUAGGUUUAUGAAAGCUGUUGUAUAUUGUUGAACUACUUUCUUUGUUACAGUCUCACUUAUAUCAUAAGGUACUAAAUUCCAUUUGCAUGUUUAAUGCUACAGCACACCUGCAUUUUGUUGUGAUGUGCUUCAACCCUGUAUGCUGUGCAAGUCAGUCUAUGUUUUGGGGGGUUAGGGGGGCAUCUUUGCCCCAGUCAUUGCAAUGUCACUUUAAAACAAUUGGUCAGAUGUGAACAUUAUGUGCAAAUUAAAUUUUAUGCCCCUAGACUCCAGCACACAGCAUGCAUCACACUGCAACAUGCACACAAUUAUACAUGUAUAAAGAAAUGUAUUUAAGUAUUGAUAACCCCUGGUCUAGAAAACACAUCAACAUGAUACAGAAUUUUGUUCGGUCGAAAGCUAGUUUUCUAAUACACCUUCAUUAUAUUUUAAAUGUAAAAUGAAGUCCUCAGAAACUAUGUCCCUACUCAGGAAUAGUCCAUGGUUUAGCUUUCUCUGAGGUAGUUGAAUUGACCAAAAAUAAUAUUAAAAAGUACAGAAUUUUUAUUUUGACCAAAAACAGAUAAUAUUGUUAGAUUUUAUACUAUGCUUACCGAAUAAUAGGCUUAGCCCUGUGAAGUAAACCUUCUUUGGGUUACUAUGCUUGCUUCUAUUACACUGCAUUCAUUUCCACAAUUUUAUGUGCUUUUCUUUAUUUUUUUCUUUGAUUAAGGACACUGACAUAGAUGCUUACUAUAAAUUUCCCUACAUGCCUGAAAACAUUAUCUAAAUAAUAACUUGAAAUGAUUGUGAGAAUUUAGGUAAUGUAUAGUCUUUCAAUAAAUUUCAGUUUGCACAGGAAA